UACAUUUGUGCGAAAUUAGAAAGAAAUCGAAGUGUACCUUUUGGGUAGGUUUACUUGUUAGUGUAUUCUAUAACUUACGUCAGAUUCAUUGUUUUUAGCUGUAAUAAGCUUCGAAAAUAAUGGAUUCAAUCCAUCUGUCGUCAAAUUUCUUAAAGUUGAGAUAACGUUAGAUGAAGAUUGAUAUAACAUUAAUUAACUUAAUGUCUAACAUUAAGAUUUAUUUUCAAAAAUAUACUAUUUCCGGCAUACAAUAGCCGAUAAUCGAUGAGUUUUAAUCGAUACCAAAGCAAUUACUAUAAUGGUUAAUUCAUUAUAUACGAUGAUUGGAAGCGCGUCUUUCUCCUAUCAAGAGACGCAAUAGAAGGGAGGAGGAAAUUUUUACAACACUUUUUUCUUUUUAUUAACUUGUGGGACAAACUUAACUUUCCCCACAGUCGAAGUUAAUUCUUACCACUGAACAGACGCUCAAAGAUUGCAUUCUAGCGAGAUCAGUGCCUAUCAAUUGUGCAACAUGAAGAAGCAGAAGGAAAUCUCAGAAGAUACAGACAAACUCCUAAGCGCGAAGAAUGAUUCAGAGAACGAUAAGCAUCUAGAAAAGAAGUACCGAGUAUAUAAUCUACUAAAUAAAAUUUGUGUAUGGAUUAUAUUGUUUGCUAUAUUGUACACUUUGUACAUUUGUUAUGAAAAUUAUAAGAAAAAGUAUACUAUCGAGACAUAUGUGCCAAAAAUCGAAGAACGACCAAUAACUACGGCAUUUGUUGACUCUGAUACUUUCAAUGAGAUAAAUCGUCCUCUGGAGGAUACAAAAUUUAUUAAAAACUCCGCAUUAACAUGGGACAAGAAAAAUGAAAUAGGUGUAUCCGACGUAAUGCAAAUAAUCGAUGUUAAUAGUCAUCCAAAUUUUCUUAAAAAAUUAAUAAAAAUUUCCUUAGACAGGCCAAAGCAUGCAAACAAAAAAAUUAAUGAACAUAAGCAACUGCAAGAUAAUCCACGUUCAUUACAAAAUUCUAACAGUAUAUUAGAUCUUGACUCUGCUACAAUGACAUCGACUUCAGAAAAUUCCAAAGAAUAUAAGAACGACAUAGAUCCAACACAUAAUCCUUUUAAAAUUAAAGUAAUUUUACAUCAUCGGAAUUCUGAUGAAGAGCUCAUUUCUUCCGAGAAACAUACAAUGGAUGACUUGAUAAGGGAUGAUAAAGACAGACACUAUGAUGUUUCUAAGGAUUUUGAAAAGAAUCAUGAUUCUGACAAACGUUUCAAAUUUUUAUCUAAACUUUUUUACCCGGUUUUUGAUGAAAAACCCAAUUUUUCCAAAGAACAUGCAAUAAAUGAUUUUACAAGAGAUGAUGGAGAUAGUUAUUAUGAUGUUUCCAACGACUCUGAAGACGAUUAUAUCUCUAACAUAUAUAACCAAUUUUUAAUUGGACCUUUUCGGGUUCCUGCUAAAAGACUCAAUUUGUCCAAGAAACUUGCAAUAGAUGACUUUACAAGCGAUGAUGGAGAUAGUCAUUAUGAUGUUUCCGACGACUCUGAAGAUGAUUAUGUCUUUGACAAAUAUAAUAAAUUUUCAUCUGAUGGUAUUCCUUUGGUUUCUGAUAGAGAACUCACUUUUUUCGAUAAAAAUGCAAUAAAUAAUUUAAUAAGGGAUGACACAGGUAAUCACUAUGAUGUUUUCAAGGAUUCUGAAGAAGAUAAUAUUUUUAACAAACAUGACAUAUUUUCAUCUCGACGUUUUCACCGGACUUCUGAUGAAGAGCUCAUUUCUUCCGAGAAACAUACAAUGGAUGAUUUGAUAAGGGAUGAUAAAGACAGACACUAUGAUGUUUCUAAGGAUUUUGAAAAGAAUCAUAAUUCUGACAAACGUUUCAAAUUUUUAUCUAAACUUUUUUACCCGGUUUUUGAUGAAAAACCCAAUUUUUCCAAAGAACAUGCAAUAAAUGAUUUUACAAGAGAUGAUGGAGAUAGUUAUUAUGAUGUUUCCAACGACUCUGAAGACGAUUAUAUCUCUAACAUAUAUAACCAAUUUUUAAUUGGACCUUUUCGGGUUCCUGCUAAAAGACUCAAUUUGUCCAAGAAACUUGCAAUAGAUGACUUUACAAGCGAUGAUGGAGAUAGUCAUUAUGAUGUUUCCGACGACUCUGAAGAUGAUUAUGUCUCUGACGAACAUGACCAAUUUUCAUCUGAACUUUUUCACCGGGUUUCUGAUGAAAAACCCACUUUCCCCAAGAAACUUGCAAUAGAUGAUUUUACAAAAGAUGAUGGAGAUAGUCAUUAUGAUGUUUCCGACGACUCUGAAGAUGAUUAUGUCUCUGACGAACAUGACCAAUUUUCAUCUGAACUUUUUCACCGGGUUUCUGAUGAAAAACCCACUUUCCCCAAGAAACUUGCAAUAGAUGAUUUUACAAAAGAUGAUGGAGAUAGUCAUUAUGAUGUUUCCGACGACUCUGAAGAUGAUUAUGUCUCUGAUUCCUAAGCUUCUGGCGAACAUAAUAAGUUUUCGGACAACUAUAAAAAUGGUAACAGCGAAUUGAACAGCUAUUUUUCAUAUUAACGAUUCUUUUCUGUAUGAUGUAAUUACGGUGGAAACAAGUUAUAUUGUGUAAAUUUAGGUAUGCAUGUAAAAUCUACUUAAAAAAAUUUAAAAAUUAAUAUAAAAAUUUAUAUUAACAAAAAACAUUAUAAUACAGUAAUUGUGCAUGAAGAAUUAUUUUCUUUUUUUACGUUAUUACGCUCUAGUUACGUUA